AUAAAUUAAUGAGAAAUUCACUCGAAUCGUCUCUGAUCCCCUCUCUCUCUCUCUCUCUCUCUCUCUCUCUAAUGGCGGAAGAAACCCUAACCCGAACCCCGGAGUCCUCUCCCUCGCAUCCGGAGACGCGCGAUGCGGGGAUCGGCGAAUCUCAGGCAACAAAUAUGUUGCGCUCCCAACAAUCACCAACUGCUGCGUACGAGAUGUUUUCUGCCAUGUACCCCCCAUUCUUACCAGGAGUUCCUCCUUUUCUAAAUCAAGAAGAGAAUGGACAUGGUCAUGGAAUUUAUGCCAUUCCACAGCAUCCCUUUAUGGGGCCUAUGGGUGGCUAUCCUCCAGGUGCUCUUAUUCCACUGAAGUAUAAAAUCCCCACGAGGGAAAGUUCUGGAGCAGUAGCUGUUGAAGAGCAGCAGGGGCAGGGGCCUAGGCAGCCGCAGCAGCAGAAUGAUCAUCAAAGACAAGUCGUUGUGAGGAGAUUCCACUUUGCUUUUCAGCUCGACUUGGGACUUAUCAUAAAAUUGGCAGCUGUAGUGUUUUUGUUCAGCCAGGAAGGUUCAAAGCAGAAGUUUAUUCUCCUUGUGUUCUUCGCCUCGCUGGUUUAUCUUUAUCAGACUGGUGCUCUUGCGCCGUUACUUAGAUGGAUUCGCCGAGGCGUUGCACUUCCUCCACCUCAGCCACCUGUUCGGUUAGAUAACCGGAUUCCUCCUGAGCAUGACAACCGGAAUGAUGCUCCACCAGAGGAAAACCUCGAAGCCGAGAAUCAGAAUCAGAACCCGAACCCGAAUGAGAACCAGAACCAGAACACAGGAGACGAAGUACCACCGGCCGCGAACGAGAACCGGCCCGAACCCGAGAGGAGGAACGGACUAAAUUGGUGGGGUAUCGUGAGAGAGGUCCAGACGUUUGUUGUCGGCUUUGUCACUUCCCUUCUUCCAGGGUUUCAACACAAUGAUUAGUUGCCCUCUCUCUCUCUCUCUCUCUCUCUCUCUCUCUCUCUCUCUUCCCCAAGUGUUUUGUAAAAGUUAUAUAGAGAGACGUUCUCAAAGAGAAAUCGGAAUGUUCUGGUUCGAGAGUAAAAUGUUGUUUUCUUUUGUUUAUUAUGAAUGUAAACUCCGUAUUUUGUCAUCAAAUCACCCCUUUUCGUGGGUUUUAACCUAAAUUUGUGUAAUUUGUCAAA